AUGCCGACAUACAGUCGCAGGGAUCGUCUCGCAUACCGCACGCUAAUAAUCCUUUACUACUAUGGACGCUUUCUCAGCGUGUUUAGUUGGAAGUUACAGAAACAAAAGAUGGUGUUACAAAAAGGGCAAAGAUGCAAUCGCAUUUUUUUACUACUUUGGCGCAUUUGCAUUACAAUGGUUUUUAUGACGGUGAUGCCAACUAUGCUAGAGCCUUUUAUCAGUUUAUCAGCGAAUACUUUCAUUUCGAUAUUUGCACAUUUGCAAGUGAUUUCUGUCAGUGUUUUCUCGGUAGUCUCUUUUGUUAUCCAAGGACGUUCGGAAAAAAAAAUAUUUGAUAUAAUUAACGGAUUUAUUAAAUUAUACAAAAGAAUUUCGUCGCAGACUGGUGCAAAACAAAUACUAGGACGAGCAUUUACACUGUUGAUCAUAUUGAAACUAUUGCUCAGCUUCUUGGGUCUAAUCUACGAGAUUGCCUUACUUUUGGAAGGGGGAAUGGGCGUGGAUUUCAUGUUAGGCGUUUACCUUUGGCUAGCUCUAAUAUAUGUAUUGGAUAGUUGCUUUGUGGGAUUUCUGGUCAUCAGGCAAAUGUAUGUUGAAUUAGCAGCGCAUCUAGUGCGAAUGCUGGAUACGAUGAGCGUCAUUGAAUCGGAACAGCCGCCUAAACCACUGAGCAAACACCAAGCCAUGAAACUGUUAUGCGUGCAUGCUGAAAGUAUCGACGAGAGCAAUGCCAUAUACAAAAUGUUGUACGAGGUUACGAAAGAGUUUCUGCAUAUUUUUCGUUGGCAGAUCUUUUAUUAUAUAUACUACAACUUCGUGAUUACACUGAUGCUGAUGCUCCGGUUUAUAUGGCGAUAUUUGGAUACGGGAUAUUUCGACUUGCUUUCGUUCUUCGCUUCUAUUUUCAAGUUCUGCAAUUUGACUCUCUUAAUUUUAUGUGCUCAAGGCGUAGUGGAGAAGUCUCAAUUGCCCGAAAUAAUCGAUCUGGAUUUAGUGUGUUCGGAUAUCGAUGCCCGUUGGGAUGUGAGCGUCGAGACGUUCAUUUGCCAACGCAAAGUGGAAAAUCUAGAAAUUAGUGUUUUGGGACUCUUUCACCUCAACAAUGGGUUCAUCCUAGUCAUUAUCUCGGCCAUUAUGGCUUACCUCUUCAUCUUAAUUCAGUUUGGUUUGACAAUGAUUGCCGAGGCGUACAGUCUCCUCAGCAAGGAUGUGCGGAAGCCUGUGACUUGGCAGAAUAAAACACCGCAAGACAAGGAGACAUAUGUGCUCGGAGUGUAUGUGGAUAUUGUGGAAGCAAAUCUGUUUCGAUGUGAAUCAUAUAAUUUGGGAUACUCGGAUUGGAGCAAAGAAACGCAGAAGUCUCUCAACUGA